AAAAAUAACAGAUGACUAGUUGCUGCAGUUAGUGGGAUGACCGCAGAAGCAGAAGAAAAGUUGCUUCACACCAAUAAAGAUGGGCUUAGGACACGAACAAGGAUUUGGAGCCCCCUGUUUGAAAUGCAAAGAAAAAUGUGAAGGCUUUGAACUGCACUUCUGGAGAAAAAUAUGCCGUAACUGCAAGUGUGGCCAAGAAGAGCAUGAUGUCCUCUUGAGCAAUGAAGAGGAUCGAAAAGUGGGGAAACUUUUUGAAGACACCAAGUAUACCACCCUGAUCGCCAAGCUCAAGUCGGACGGAAUCCCCAUGUACAAACGCAACGUUAUGAUACUGACCAAUCCAGUUGCUGCCAAGAAGAAUGUCUCCAUCAAUACCGUCACCUACGAGUGGGCUCCUCCUGUCCAGAAUCAGGCGUUGGCCAGGCAAUACAUGCAGAUGCUGCCCAAGGAGAAGCAGCCAGUGGCAGGCUCGGAGGGGGCACAGUACCGGAAGAAGCAGCUGGCCAAGCAGCUCCCUGCACACGACCAGGAUCCUGCAAAAUGCCAUGAGCUGUCUCCUAGAGAGGUCAAGGAGAUGGAGCAAUUUGUGAAGAAAUAUAAGAAUGAAGCUCUGGGAGUAGGAGAUGUCAAACUUCCCUGUGAGAUGGAGACACAAAGCCCUGACAAAAUGCACAUCCCUGGCGGGGACAGAAGCACCCCAGCAGCUGUGGGGGCCAUGGAGGACAAAGCUACCCAGCCCAAGAGAACUCAGUAUUCCUGUUACUGCUGCAAGCUGAGUAUGAAGGAGGGCGAUCCAGCCAUCUAUGCCGAAAGGGCUGGCUAUGACAAACUGUGGCACCCAGCUUGCUUCGUCUGCAACACCUGCCACGAACUCCUGGUCGACAUGAUCUAUUUCUGGAAGAAUGGGAAGCUGUACUGUGGCAGACAUUACUGUGACAGUGAGAAACCCCGGUGUGCUGGCUGUGAUGAGCUGAUAUUUAGCAACGAGUAUACCCAGGCGGAAAACCAGAAUUGGCAUCUGAAGCAUUUCUGCUGCUUUGACUGUGACAGCAUCCUGGCUGGGGAGAUAUACGUGAUGGUGGAUGACAAGCCCGUGUGCAAGCCAUGCUAUGUGAAGAAUCACGCUGUGGUGUGUCAAGGAUGCCACAAUGCCAUCGAUCCGGAAGUGCAGAGGGUGACCUAUAACAACUUCAGCUGGCACGCGACCACAGAGUGCUUUCUGUGCUCCUGCUGCAGCAAGUGUCUCAUCGGGCAGAAGUUCAUGCCAGUAGAAGGGAUGGUCUUCUGUUCGGUGGAGUGUAAGAAGAUGAUGUCCUAGGAGAACACCAAGCAGUACCGAGCCGUCUGCAUUUCGACUGUCAGAUACAAUUUGAAAAAAAAAAAAAAAUUAAAUUAAAAAAAAAAGGAACCAUAAGGAAACAAGGAGAUUUUGUUCAAUAUCUUUGUUGCUUUUCCUUAUCAAUAUUUUUUUUUUUUCUCUCAACUUUGAAAACCGACUUGCAACAUUUAAUCUUAAAAACGGUAGGGCAUUUUGUCUUCCCUUAGCUUUCCAAAUAUGAAAUCUUUGAGUCGGAUGCUUGGGUUUAAUUAACUUCAUGUCUUUACCACCUUGUGCCAAACACAGUAGAUAUAAAACACUUAGAAGUCAGUGUACUGAAUGAAAAGAUGAGCAUUUCUAGUUCUGUGCUCUUCUUUUCCCUCAUGUGUAAAAUGGACAGGAAAUUAAAU